AUGUCGAUUAUUCCGGAAAACUGCGCUGCACACAAGCGAACAAGGGUCAGCACACACCAGCAGCAGAGGCUUGCCUCAAUUAACGCAGAGACGACCGCCAAACUGAGCCUCAUCGAUCAUAAUUCUACUAGGUUGUGCAUUCAUGCCACCAGUGAACUUAAUGACCUCUUGAAGCCUAGCAUUUUUGCUGUGGAAUAUAACGAACGUAUCACGAAGACAUUAGAACCAUCAGAGCAUACUAUGGGAUUAUGCCUGCUAGAGAUUGAUGAGUUGGCUUCCGAGAAUUCGCGAAUCGCUGACCUCCAUGGAGCACCUCAGAAAGAAAGUCCAAGCACAGUGUGA